AUGGGCAGAGAUACGAGAGAGUGUGCGGGCAGGUGCAGUCUUUGGUCCCUUGUGCUGCUAGUUCUGGGCGCGUUGCUAUGCUGCUCAGCAGAAGGAACCAUCAACCGGGUCCCACAGAAGGAAGCCAGUCCUAACCGGACUGGGGAGACAUCGACCAGCCCAGCAGAAGUUAACUCGACUAGCCACGUUUACCAGGUCGUCUCCUUUGAUUGGCAUCAUGUGAAAGAACCCUUCGUCAUUGCAGUCUGGAUCUUAGUGGCCAGUUUAGCUAAAAUUGUUUUCCACCUGUCUGAAAAAGUCACCACUGUGGUACCAGAAAGUGCCCUGCUGAUUGUGCUGGGCCUCAUCCUGGGAGGAAUUGUCUGGGCUGCUGACCACACUGCCUCCUUCACCUUAACGCCGACUGUCUUCUUCUUCUACCUCCUGCCACCCAUUGUAUUGGACGCCGGGUAUUUCAUGCCCAACCGGCACUUCUUUGGGAACCUUGGAUCGAUUUUAAUGUAUGCUGUCAUUGGAACUAUUUGGAACGCUGCAACCACUGGGCUCUCCCUCUAUGGUGUCUUUCAGACGGGUAUUAUGGGCAAUCUCGAUGCUGGUCUGUUGGAAUUCCUUCUGUUCGGAAGCCUGAUCGCAGCAGUUGACCCAGUGGCCGUGUUGGCAGUGUUUGAAGAGGUCCACGUGAAUGAAGUGUUAUUCAUUAUUGUGUUUGGAGAAUCUCUGCUUAACGAUGCUGUCACUGUGGUGCUAUACAAUGUCUUCAAAUCAUUCGUUGAAGUUGGAGCAGAGAAUGUUGAAAUCCCGGACUAUUUCAAAGGCAUAGUUUCUUUCUUUGUUGUAAGUUUGGGUGGAACUGCUGUUGGCAUCAUCUUUGCAUUCAUAUUGUCCCUGGUAACCAGAUUCACAAAGCAUGUGAGGGUGAUCGAACCUGGAUUUGUCUUUGUCAUUUCAUACUUGAGCUACCUCACUGCAGAGAUGCUUUCCCUUUCUGCUAUAUUGGCUAUUACAUUCUGCGGCAUUUGCUGUCAGAAAUACGUAAAGGCCAACCUCUGCGAGCAGUCUAUCACCACCGUCAGGUACGCAAUGAAAAUGCUGGCAAGUGGAGCGGAGACCAUUAUUUUCAUGUUUUUGGGAAUCUCUGCAGUGAACACAGAAAUAUGGACAUGGAACACGGCCUUUAUCCUUCUCACACUCGUCUUCAUCUCUCUCUACAGAGUCAUUGGUGUUGUAAUUCAGACGUGGAUUCUCAACCACUACCGCGUGGUGCAGUUGGAGAUUAUAGAUCAGGUGGUGAUGUCGUACGGAGGCCUGCGGGGAGCUGUAGCCUUUGCUCUGGUGGUGUUGCUGAAUGUGGACUAUGUGCACGAGAAGCAACUGUUUGUCAGUACGACCAUCAUUGUGGUGUAUUUCACGGUCAUCUUCCAGGGGCUGACGAUCAAACCUUUGGUCAAGUGGCUGAAAGUAAAGAGGAGUCAGCAGAAGGAGCCUUUACUCAAUGAGAAACUUCAUGGAAGAGCAUUUGAUCACAUUCUGUCUGCCAUAGAAGACAUUUCCGGCCAAAUUGGACAUAACUAUCUUCGAGACAAGUGGACUAACUUUGACAGAAAGUACCUGAGCAAAAUAAUGAUGAGGAAAUCGGCACAGAUUAGUCGGGAUAGGAUCCUCAGCGUUUUCCGUGAGCUGAAUCUAAAGGAUGCCAUCAGCUACGUGUCUGAGGGAGAACGGAAAGGUUCCUUGGCUUUUAUUCGCUCGAGCAGUGAUGUUAAUGUUGACUUCACUGGCCCUCGUCACUCUAUUGUCGACUCAUCUGUCUCUGCACUGCUACGAGAAAGUAGCAGUGAAGUGUGCCUGGACAUGCAAGCGAUUGAGAAUAGAUUGAAGAGCCUUAAGGAUCGAGAGGAAAUAGUCACUCACCACAUGUUGCAGCAACACCUAUACAAACCCAGGAAACGGUACAGGCUUAAUUACAGCCGCCAUAAGCUUGUACGCAAUGAAGGUGAGAAACAAGAUAAAGAAAUUUUCCAGCGCACCAUGAAAAAAAGACUGGAAAAUUUCAAACCCACCAAGCUCGGAAACAAUUAUGCCUCCAAAUUUAGGAACAUGAAGAAAGAAAGGGCAGCGAAAAAGAAAAUCAGUGAUGCAGUGCCAAAUGGAAGGCUGCCGGUACACUCUGUUGCUUUCCAUGUUAAUAAAGAUACUGAUGUAGAGGACCGUUAUGAUCUAUCAGAUGGAGGAAUUAGUUUCCUAAUUACUCCUGCACGCAACGAAUCGAAUGAAACUGGAAUCGAUAACCUGAGUUUCUCCACUGAGGAGGAUCAUUCGGUUUUCCAUAUGGUCCCACCGUGGAUGUCCAAUGAAGAAACUGUCAUUCCAUCCCAGAGGGCACGUUUACAGAUUCCAAGGAGUCCCACCAACUUCAGACGCCUCACGCCCUUGCAGCUCAGCAGCCGAUCCAUUGAUUCAUUUUUGCUAGCAGACAUCCCGGAUGAGCAUCCGUUGUCUUUCCUACCUGAAUCAUCAAUGUAACUAUAAGUCCUCCACCACUGCCUAGCCUUUCCACCUUGGAUGAGAAAUGACUUUCCAGGAAAGAUGGUCAAGUUAAGCCAAGAUGAUCUUAGUUGUAAGAGACCCUUGAGGAUCUUUCCAUCCUAUCUCCAGAAGACAAGGGUCCAGAGCUAUUCUUCACUGGAAAAUGUAGAAUUCCAAGCGUUCACCAUUUCAGGGCAUGGGCUGCACAAGAAGCAAGUUCUACUGAAAUUAUGAUGAAAGCAACUAUUGACUUUUUCAGCAAAGCUUAACGAAGACCAUCCUAUUUGAUUUAUCAUCAAAUAAUUCACUAUGAAAAUACAACAGGCUGAGAUGCUGAAUAAAGACCCAGGGCUGCAAGAGCAGAAGCCAUAGAUCAGUAAAGCACUAAGAUGCACUCUGUGGCAACCAAGCGGAUGUAGAAUUGACAAUCUUUUCACCAGUGCAAGCCUUUGCAUUAACCAGUCCUCCAGAUAUUUGGGUGUCUCCUCGUCUUUUGACAUAUUCCUUAGAACAAGAAGAAAUAGUUUUAGGCACAACAGUGCUCUGCUUCACCAGAAAAAAACAUAGAACCUGUUUUAAAUGAGUGAGCUGGGCAUUUUCUAGUUGUGCCAUAUGUCUCCAGAACAUGCAUUUUAUGCACAUGCACUGAAACAAACUGCUGCAAUCGUAUACCAAUCUUUAGAUUGUAGGGGGGUGAAUUGGGUGUAGCUUCACUAAAGAAUUUUAUAGGAUAUAGAAAUUACCUAUAGUUUCUAUAUAGGGUUUUCUAUACUUGUGCAGAAGGGAGGAGCAAAUCUCACUGCAAUCAUAGAAAUGCAGGAAGGUUUCUCUUUUAGUGUUUAUUGGAAAAUCAUCAGAUGCAGGUGUUUUUCUUAUCUAGUUUAUAUUUUAGAUAUUUUGAGCUGUAAAUUAAUUAUUACUGUUCAGGUUUUCAUACUUUGACUUUUUUUUAAACAAAAGAAAGACAAAUGCAUACCCAAUAGUUAUCGGUGAUGCAGCGCUGUAAAAUUUAUGAGGUGUGAAAGUUAACUGACCAGUGAGCCUUCAGGAAAUUGGAGGUCAAUGAGUUUUUUUAAAAAUGCCACGGAAGCGUAGACAAAGUUGUUCAGGCAAAUCUUUGAAAACCUGACACUCUGUGCUGAGAGAUUCAAGUUUAAUAUUAACAUUGCUGGUGUCACAGUGCAUGCAAAAAGGAUGAGGCAGAGCGAUGGAAGAUCCAUGUUCUUAUUACAUGGUUAUAAAAAUAUGCUUUGGGAUUUUUUUUGAGUAACUGAGACUUCCAUUAAAAUGCAACAAGAGUCAAAAUUAUGUUAUCUGAGUUAAGAGGGAGUCUUCUAAUGCAAUCAGGAUUUCAAAUGCCUUGUCCAGACAUGGCAAGCAUUUAGUGUGUCCUUUGCAAUGCAUAAGGACAGAUUCUAGUGAAUGUGCAAUAGGCAAAUAGUCCAUGAAUGCUUCCUAUUUAUUCCCACAUUUUGAGGAAAGGAGUCUAGAUAUCCUCAUCUGAAUACUAGUGUUCUGAAAUUGAAAUUUUAGUGAGUUCCUGAGAUCAGAAGUGGGGAAUAGUUGUGGCAGUGAUUGGCUUUCCCCCUCAGCAGAUGGGAGAAUAAGGCAUUCAACCAGUCUAGGCCAGUAAUUGUUUGUCUUCCAAAGAUUGUGUAAGAACUUUUCUCGAUUGCCAUUAGUCUACACGCUGAUGGGCACAACCUCCCCUCCUCAGGAUUGAGGGACAACAUUAUUUAUUGCAGAUAGGCCCUGAUGAGUGUACCAAGUAUUUUAAAUUGAUCAAGCUGGGAACUUGAAGUGAAAGCUGCCAAAGUUCUUUGCAGCCAUGUCAAGGGUUAACUCACCGCCAUUAGUUUGAGUGCCAGUGGGGGAAAAAAGGGCUUGCUAAGCUAAGGCCAGUGAAUGCCAUUGAGGUUCAAAUUUCCAUGUGUCUGCCUUUAACCUUCAAAGUUGCCAUAGAUGUUCAAUGAAAGAUGCAAGCUGCAUGGUUGCAGAUUAACAUUUCACUAAUAGACUGAGCACCUGUUUCCCUUAGUAAUCAACUUACAUUAUCACUCCAGCUAUGAAAUUUAACUUUCUCAGUGCAGUAGAUCUGCAACCUAAGAAAUUCUAGGUUUUUGAAAUUGAGAUUCAAGUUGUGAAAUUACCUUCCAUAAUUCUAUCGCAUGAAAUACGCCAUCUCUGAUUGGCAGGAUUGAUUCCUGGCCUCAGCCAUAGCUACUCUAUAACCAGACACGGAGUGUGUAGGAGUUCCCUGAAGAAAUGGCUGCCUCCGUCCAUUCUUGUUCAUUUGAGGUUAUGUAUUCAUUGUUUGGGAAAUAACUUAAUUCAACAAUAUAAUUAUUCACAUAGCAUUAAGUCACGUAUAAUGUACAAUUUGGUUUUCAAGAUCUUUUUAACGUAUGCUAUACACAACUAGAGAAACACAUCAUUUAGGGCUGUCUUUUCUUUCCAAUGUUUUACAUAUUCAACUUGAAUAUGUGACACUGCCUUGAUAUGCCUGAUUCUCUUGAAUGCCAGUUGCUUUUCCUUUUUUAUUUUCAAGAUUUUAUUUUGCUUGUUUUCAUUUCAUCCUUUCCUCCUUUUGUUGAACAAUGGAUUAGUCUUAUCUGGGUCUGUGGUGCUUCUGUGAACAUCAAUAUGUUGUUGAUUAACCCCAUAAAUAACGAGGUUUAACAAGACUGAAUUUUUAGAUGCUAGUUUAGUGGGUGGGUAUCAUAACUGUUGGCUUUAAUGAGGGCUCUACAGGGGUACCCUGUUAUUUGCCUCUAACCCUUAUCUUCAUAUGUCGGUCAAUCAAGUGUUGUAUAUGAUCCAAAUUUGACAUUAUUAUGCCUCUAGUUUGCAAAUGUGAACUGUACAUUGAUGUAGCUUCCAGGUCUACUUAUGUCUUCCACAUGUUUUAUACUUGCUGAUUAAUAUGCAUCAUGUCCAAAGUUUUACUAACUCAUUUUAGGAGUAAAAAUAUAUUUUAAAAUAAAAAUUUAAAAAGAAAUAGUGGAUGUUUUAAACUAAUAAAAUUGAAGUAUUAUCUCAGGAAUGUAAAAUAACCU